AUGGCCGCCCACGACGACAAAAAGAGGAAGAGAGCUGCCGAAGGAGGUGAUGCUCCCAACAAAAAGGCUUCCAGCGCCGCCAUCAGCGUUCGCUUCCCGGCACCGCGAGACGAGUUGCACCCCGUCAUCGCUGCUGCACCCGGCCUCAAUGUACCCACCGCUCCCUUCAAGCCCUUCGUCAAGGUCACCAACCCCAAGAAAGAAGGCGCCUCGCCCGCUCCCUCUUCACACUCUCUUCUGCUGCACUCAACAUCACAUGCCCGUCUCGACUUCACCGCACAACACGAGUCCAGCCAGGGUCUGUCCCACUACGUCGCCGUCUACGAUCCUCAAUCCUCGUCUCUCCAAGUCCUCCCUGCACACCCCGUCACUCUGCGCACCACCCUCCGCGCAGAAGCUCAAGAAGUUGCCGCUCAGAAGGCCGCUCGCACUUUUGCUCAACAGCGCGAGGACCUAGGACAGGCCUUCGGUACAAAGAAGGCCAAGAAGGCUCUUGCUUCCAAGGUCGAGAACGCCAUCACAACCAAUGCCGACAGGAACCGCGUCGGCGGCAAGCUCGAUAACGUCGAGUCUGCCGUCUUGGACAGCGUCAAGGAGGCUUCGGAUGCCAUGCCCGCCAAACAGGCCCAGCAGGAGGAAAUCCUUGCCUCGAAGCCCAUCCCCAAGCCCAACCUCAAUGCCACCGAGGCCGAGAACGUCUACCCUAUCGGCAUGCUCAUUCCUGCAACAGACAUGCGCAACUUGACAGUAAAGGAGUGGCAGGAUGCUCAGGGCGAGGACCUCAAGUUGUCUUCACGUUAUGUCGCACACCGUGUCAACCCCAUCGCUGUUCGUGACGACGUUCAGAGACUCAAGGCUCUCAAAUACCUCAUGCUCCUGAUCGAGUUCAACCUUGCCCUCAAACCAGCAGGAAAGGCCGGCAAGAAGGUGCCACAGAAAGAUCAGCUACGAAGCAAGCUGCAAGACUGGCCGGAGACUUUGAUCGAGAGUGUCAGGAGGAGGUUCUCGGACAACAACGAACUCAACAAAUGGCACAUGGACAAUCUCAUCACACACAUGGCCGCCAUCUCGCUGUUCAUCGAUGGCUACAAGACCGACACACACGACUUGCGCGAGGAUCUGCGUCUGGAGAACAAGCAAAUGUCACAAUACUUCAUGGAGCUGGGCUGCAAAGUCAACAACCCGACCGAAAAGGAGAUGGCCGACUUCAAGAUACCGAACAAGGCUGUUGCUGCACAACGCAGAGUCGCCAAGUUGAAGCUUCCCCUUGACUUCCCCAAGGUCAGGAUGAUGCCGCGCAGAAGAUGA